CGAGUUCGGUUUCUACUCGCGUGCGCUGCAGCUGUCUCCCGGCAUUUGAGGUACCCUUCGCUUUCCAGACACGGCCAGGCACCGGUGGUCACUGCAGCGCUUUCCUUUUUUUCGUGCAUGUUUUCGAGUUUUUCGAUGGCAAACGAUUCCGUCAAGCCUUCUUCUCAUUUCGGCUUCUUUUUCGACAAGCUCAACCGUAGAAUACAACGCGGUUUCCAUGCGUCCGUUGCACCGUGGACGGGGUUUGCUUGUUACCCGGCUUUUCUUUCCUUUUCCCAGUCACAUCGCUGCGACAGGCUCGCCGUGAAAAACUUCCGCCAGAUCCGUCUUCCUCCCCGUAAAAUUUGGGUUUCUUCUGCGGAUUUUUCCCGUGUCAUUUUGGCUGCAAGCAUCAUCGUUUCUUCCCUUUCGGCGUAGAUACUGGUGGCGUGUUCAAAACAGCUCGACUGGCGUCUCAAGCGGCCACGUUGCCUCUUCUUGCAUGUACAAACAUACACGACUGGAUUUGAUUUCGAUUACGGUUGCUAUGUACGCUGUGUGCAUGCGUGCAUUACGUUUGUCUCAUAUACACGUCUGCAUGGAUGUCUGACACGUACAAUCAUGGAUGUCGACUGGCUUUAAAGUCUUCCUCGUUCUCGCUGGCUGUAACGCCACCAGACCGCCCUCUUCAACAUUUGCUUUCGACUGCGUUUGAUAUUUGUUUUCGUCCUCGCUUUGUCAGGUCUUGCUUCCAUUUCAUUUGGCAUUCAAGUAGGGGGGUUCAAGCGCGAGGGUGUCCACGUGGAAGGAGGCCGAGACCACACCCGGCAACUUGGAUGUAGAAGAAGGGAAGCUACGGUCUUCCCGUCUGUCCGUUUUACUUCGAGUCCGUCACUUUUUCUUCUUUUUCCGCUAAAAAACCAUUUCGGACGUAGAGAGCGAGGAAGUUGCCUCGCCUGAUCGGACAUUUGUCGUCUCCGGCUCUGGUCACCGUCUGUGAAGGAGGAGACGAUCGAUUCCCUUCGCCCCGCGCUGCAUUCGUUGCGGAGGCGAACAGAAGGACUUUUGCCUUCGUUUGCGUGUCGUCCCUUCCCGGAAGGUCUGACCCAUCACUCGCGACUUCCUGUGCGCCCAUCGGCCUUCAUCUUGCCGGUCUUGCACAUGCUGGCGGCGGUAUAACUCCGUGUAGGACGCGCCGUUUCCAGAAGGCGUCUUGCCAUCAAUUUGCCUGGCUUCUUCUUGUGUUUCUCUCAUUUUUGACCCCCAAGUGUCAUGAAAGUUUCGAUUACCAUCGGAGGCCGCCAUUUCCCCCUCCCGUCGACUCUUCUCUUUGCAGGCUCAGUGUUUUCGUUUGUCCGUGUUUUUUUAGGGAAACGCGCUUGUAGGAGAACUGAGAGACUCCCCCUCCGUGAUUAUCACCGCUUCUUCUCGUUCUUGGCCGCGGACGGCGAUUUCCGUAGAUAGUUUCGUGGGCACAUUCUAUCAGCUCGGCCGGCAGUUCUCUUCCCCGAGAAGCUGUCCACUCCGUGAAACAAUGAAUGCAUUUUCCUUUUCCUGUCCUCUCUGCCGAGCGAAAAGAAGGUCUGGGGGGAGGACGCAGGAACGUGCGUGAGCAUGGAUCAGGCUGUCGCGUCUCUGGACCUUUUGUAGGGCCCUUCGCGAGGCAUUUUUGCGGCGGCGCGGUGCAAAUCCUCCUCCAGCGAAUGCCUGCCGUGUUCCGCUGGGAGUCUUUUCAAGUUCCUCUAAUCUUUAUGUUGGCUCCCCGUCGGACUUCUAUUGGAGUCCCCUCUUUUUGAGUCUGCGGGGCGGGUGCACACUUUUUGCGGGAGAAGCGAGGACGGACUUGCGCGAGUUCGUGCCUGCGCUCCCGUGCGAGGUGUCUGUACACUAGGCGGGUGUCGUCUCGGGGGUCUGUGAACCGCGCAUUUUCGGCGGAAGACGUAUCCUGCAGCUCUCCCGGCGCGGCAGGCGGCGGCGACCCCGCGUUUUUCGCAAUGGAGCAGUGGAACCGAAAGUGGCGGACACUGUGGUGCUGGUCAAAUGUGUACGUGGGCUGGAAAGUUUCGCAGGCGCGUGCGCGCGCGUUGCCCAAGGAGGAGCAAGCGGAGUUUUGGGAGCAGCGCCACGAGCAUUUUGCGAACGUAAUUUGGGAGAACAUUAAGGAGUUGCGAGGAUGGUGGGUGAAAGUCGGGCAGUUCAUGAGCACGCGGAGCGACUUGCUUCCGCAGCAGUACAUCCACCACCUGGUCAAGCUGCAAGACAUGAUGCCGACGUCGGACUUUGCCUCUAUUCGUCAGACGAUUGCAGACGAGCUGGGAGACGUGGACGAAAUCUUUGAGCGGAUCGACCCGGUCGCGCUGGCCUCCGCGUCGAUCGGCCAGGUGCACCGGGCCUGGCUGAAGGAUGGCUCCUCAGUCGUCGUCAAGGUUCAGCACGCAGACGUCGAGACGCUGCUGAGUCACGACAUGCAGAACUUGAAGCAAUUGUCCUGGGCGUUCGGCCUCCUCGAAUCAGGGCUGAACUUCGCGCCGAUUCUCGAGGAGUGGCAGAAGGCGGCGGCGAAGGAGCUCGACUUCCGGUACGAACUCGCGCACCAGUUGCGCGCGUACGAAGGCCUGCGGAAGUCCGGAAUCGACGUGAAGAUCCCGAAGCCCUACCCCGAGUUCACUGCAAAGAAAGUGAUGGUCAUGGAGUUCGUCAACGGAUUCAAAAUCACAGACACGGAGAAGCUCGACGCGCACAACGUCGACCGGCGCGAACUUAUGUUCAAACUCUGCGACAGCUUCGCGUACCAAAUUCACAUCGACGGACUCUUCAACGGCGACCCGCAUCCGGGGAACAUCCUCGUUGAGGUGGACGCGGCGACGGGCGAAGCCACACCCAUCAUCCUUGACUGGGGCCUCGUCAAGGAGUUCGACGCCAAGGGCCAGCUCGCCUUUGCCAAGCUCGUCUACGCCGUGGCGUCGAUGAACGUGAUGGGGUUGAUGGAGGCCUUUGAAGACAUGGGCUUCAAGUUCAAGGAGGGCGCCGGGGCCGUCAUCGAUCCCGAGGUGUACAUGGAUGCGCUACGCAUCGCUCUCCGGGAUGGCGAGGUCGAAAAGGAGGAGACAGAGGCUCUGAAGAAGUCCGCGGGCGAGACGCUCGGUGCGGCGCAGAAGGCUGGACUGAACCGACAGAAACUGCAGGAGAAGAACCCCCUCGAGGACUGGCCGCGCGAUAUCAUCUUCUUCGUACGCGUUGCCUCGCUCCUCCACGGACUUUGCGUCCAACUCAACGUCCACUUGCCCUUUCUGCAGAUCAUGGUCAAACGCGCUCAGGAGUGUCUCUUUGAGCGCUAUGUCCCGCCAUCGCCCCUCAUCUACGUCAAGCGUCUCGGCAGCCAAAACACCGCCCGGCCCCGCACGGAGCUGGAGGGCCGCGUCCACCGCCUCCUCCGCAGUCUCUUCCAGCGCGGCCUCGUUCUCGGCUGCCAGGUCGCCGUCGUCAAAGACGGUGCCCUCCUCGUGGACGCAUGCAUCGGCAAGAUGGGACCCGUCGACGCUCGCCCCGUGACCUCCGACAGUCUGUUCUGCGGAUACUGCGUCUCGAAGGGCAUCCUAACCACCGCGCUCCUCAAACUCGUCUCCGACGGCGAGGUCCAACUCGACGACCUCGUGUCUAACUGGUGGGACGGCUUCAUUCGCUACGGCAAAAAAAACAUCACCAUUCGCCAGCUGCUCUCCCACAGAGCCGGCCUGCACCGCGCCCUGCCCGUGAAUCUCACGCUCUCCAAGCUGACAGACUACGCCGCGAUGAUCGGCGUCAUCGAGGACGCCGCCCCCGCGACAGUCCCGGGCCUCGUCGGCCGGUACGCCUACCUCACCUACGGCUGGGCAGUCAGUGAGUUGGUUGCGUCCGUUGCAUGCACCCCCGUCGAGGACUUCAUCCUUGACAAAAUGCUCCGGCCGUUCGGCCUGGAGAACUCGAUUUUCCUCCCCGUCCCCGAGGACGGCCUCUUCGGCGAGAAGCUCGAAGAUUCAGACACACGAAACACCGCCCCGAAGGCAGACGAUGCAAAGACUCUGACGCCCGCGGGGGCGGAGUCCGCGGCGCGGCCGAGCUCACGGGGCGCGCAGCACGAGGCGCCCAAAAAUCCUGAGAAAGAACAAGGAGGUGGGGGGAGCCUCUCUGCAGCGUCGGCUGUUUCCGCGUUCUCCUCCUUCACCAAGAGCCUCGCGAGCGGGCAACAGCUGCUCACGGAGCGCCUGGGUCAGAGGUUCUUACGAAGGGAAGACUCAAGUGCCUCCGGCGCGAGGUCUCUCGACGGAGAGAGGAAGGGGGGAGACGAAGGCGGUUCCGAGCCGCAAGCUGGAACAGCGGAGGGAGAUGCGAAGCAGAGAGAACAAGGUGGAGCAGCAGACAGCCGAGAAAUGACCGUGCAAGGUCCACGACUGGAGUCUCCGCGCCCAAGGCCGUUGCGGCCCAGCGCCUGUUGCCAGGAUGGGGAUGCGUCCGAGGUCUGUGCCUCAGCCCCGUCGCCACCUGGAGACGGCGCGGCAGGCGGUGCUGCAGACGAUGGACUCUUUCCAGCGGCUCGGUCUGCGCCGCUCUCCGCGUACGGCUCGCCCCUCGGCUCGCCCUGUGCACAAAGCGUGACUUUGGAGGGUGGCAGAGACUUCGAAGAGCUUGCCGUGCCCAAGAGAGAGCAGCCUCGCGACUCCAGUCCCGCUGCUUCACUGUUCUCACGGCGCGUCUCUGCCCUCGCGUCCUCGUUUCGCAGUCUUCUCCGAUCCAGGCGACCCGGGAGCACCGAACAACCUGGCAAGAGCUUGUCGUGUGACGAGGGCGAGGCGAAGAGAGGCGUCGGUUGCGACGAGAAGGUGGAGAAGAAAAGCGAGCAAACAGUCGGAGGCGCGUCUGCGAAGUGGUGUACAGACAGGUCGCACACCUCGGAGAAAGCCGGGUGGGCGAGAGCGACAGGCUUGCGGGACAGAGCGACAUCUGGUAAAAGCCGGAGCUUUUUUUUCAAGGCGAAAAGUGAGAAGCAGGGCAGAGGUCUGUCUGUGAUUCUGCAUGCGCCAGAGUCGCCAGCGUCCCCGGAUGAUGCGGAGGCAGGAAGCGUUCUCUUGUACCACGGCGAUCCCGGGGGUGCGUCUCGGGAGGGGAGUCUCUCCGGAGAGCAUGACGUUCAGGCUCCUCUCACAGAUUCCAGAAAAGGGGACGAAGGCGCGCUAAAGAGGUACCGACGAGGCACCUCUGCAUGCACCCUGGACUCGAGCGUCGCCUCCACGGCGACCAAGGCAGGGAUAUUGGAGGACGAGAGCGACCGACGCAGUGCGUACUACUCCGUCUCUUCAGAGGACUGCGAGAGCUGCUGCUGUACGUCUUCGCGGAGGCCCUCCUCAGACAGCAGAGCUGACGUUCUGUGUACGGAGCGUCCGGGCGACGAGUCAGCGUCAGGCAAUAACGCCAGCACAUCUUCGCUGCAUGCAGAAUUCAGCAGCCAAAGGGCGGAAGCGAAGGGGAACGAGGUCUCGCAUUGCGGCGAGGUCCUCGACGCUCGUCUCGAGUUUUCGAGUGUCGACAGCGAAGGAAAGUCGAAGGCGUCUGACCCAGCAGGAGGCGCGACCGGAGGAGGGUCGCCGUGUCUCGGCCCAUCUGCGUCGGAUUCCGCCGCCUCCACGAGCACUGGCAAACAAAUGCCAGCGUGCAAAACUCAAGACAUACCCUCGACUUCAUCUCCCUUUUCAGAGGAGCUUUCGUCUUCUCUUCCUUCGUCUCUGCGGUCGUCAGCGUCUUCGUUGUCCACGCAGAGGGUGAGUGCCGAGGGGCUCUCGAAGGAAGACACUCUGGAGACCCGCGCGCGGUUUCCGCCAAGUGUCUGUACAGUGACGGCGAAGACGCCGCUUUUCUGGCGCAUCACGUCGGCGCGGCGGCGGAUCUCGUUCGGCAAUGUGACUCAGCAGGAAGUCAUGGAGAAGCUGCAGGCGGCGAAGAAGUACGCGGAGGCUCAGUUUGGCGACAAGGACGCCGAGGAGCAGAAGGAGCUCGCGACCAACCGGGCGCGACAGAGACAACGCCUUCACAAGGAGCGAGCUCUGCGGAAGCUACGUCGAGCUCGACCUGCGGGCGCGGGGGGCGAGGUGUGGAGGCGAGAGGUGGAGGGUCGAGGGGGGGAACCAGUCUCGAGCGAGGCCGCACGGGCGUCGGACGCGGAACAAAUGGCAAGAAACUCCAGGCGACGCAGUGGCGGACGCCGGAGACACGAUGACUCGUCGGGGAUGGGCCGGGCCGAGAGCGGAAACCGACUCGAGCGGCAGCGGCGUCGCUCGUCCGGUGAGGUCGACAGCGACGGCGUGAGUCCUCGUGAGAGACUCGGUGGGGAGGAAUUAGUGCUCCGGCGUCGGAGAGGAGACGAGAAGAUUAGCGGCGAGGGAAGAGAGUCGCGGCGAGACUUGCAGAGGGCGCGUCCCUCGGACCGUCGGGAGUCACAGAGACACUCGCCGUCGCUGAACGACUCCAAGAUGCGGAAUGAGGGUCGACAGCAGUCUCUGCUAUCUCCGGCGACGGCUUUGUCUGUUCUCUCGUCUCGAGUGUCGUCGCGAAGAGGUUCUUCGUCGGGGAGGAGUUCCGGUUCCAGAGACGACGACUUCCCGCAUCUUCCCUUCGGAGACAGCCUCUUGCUGUCCUCUCGGUCGCCGAGUCUCAGCGGCGAAGAGAAGGCCGCCGCUGGUGCCUUGGAUAGUGGAUUGCGGGCGCCUCAGCCGGCUGCGGCGCCUGUCUCUUUGUCGCCGCAGGUCCAGGGCGAGGCGCCGGUUCCGCGCGUCUCUGCGGUGGACUUGAUCAGGAAGAAGCCGCAUGUGAUGGAUCCGCUGCUGUACGACAGUCGACGCAUCUUAUGCAAGCGUGUGCCGCCCACGAACGGACGCUUCACUGCAUGUGGACUCGCUCGGCUGUACGCGGCGAUCGCGGCCGGGGAGCUUCUCGACGGCCCGACCUUGGAGGCGGCGCGGACGCCCGCGACCGUCGACGACAGUUUGGAGACGCUUCUGCUCACGGGGGGCGGCAGCCGCGUCUGGGGUCUCGGCUACCAGCUGUACGAGUGCUCAAAGGUCGACGCGAACCAUCUGGCGCUGCCGCCCCCGCCCUCGCCCGGCAGCUUGAUGCGACUCCGCGCCGCCCAGUCCUUCUCUCGGAGACAGUCGCUCCACCCUUCUUCGGCCGUCGCCGCUGCCCGAUUCCUCAGAUGUCAGUACUCCGGAGAGGCCCCAGCAGGAGGUGUCUCUCCAGUGGCUGCUGGAUUUGCUGGAGCGAGUUCGACGGCGCCGACGGUCGGCCAUUCGAGCAGUUUGGGGAUCCAACCGCCACAGGAGGUCGGAAGAGACGCGCAUGCAGAAGGAGGUGUCGUGGGGGCGCGGAGCCCGCGAGCCGGGGGGGUUGGAAGGCCGCGCAUGCUGUCUCCGUGCAGAAGAGACGACAGGCGAACAGUCACCGGCUUCGGCCACGGUGACUUCGGCGGUAGCGUCGCUCUUUGCUUUCCAGAACUCAACCUCUCCAUUGCCAUCCUCGUCAACGACGUCCUCACAGGUCCUCAGGCCUCGAGAGAAAUCUUGGAGUUUCUUUUGAGGAAGUUCGGACUCGAACCCCGGUGGACGACUGCCGUCGAUUUCGAGGAGGUUCUCGCCAACCUGACCCCGAAGCCGGAGCGGUCAAAGUGAAGAGAUUUUUUCCAAGUGAAGCUUUCCUGUCUUAUCAACGGACCUACGUCUGUACUCGUGUACACAUACCUCGACACGUCAAAGUAUCCACCUGUGUAUGUACACGUGGGUACGCAUGCUCACAAACCUCUACUCGUCUGUGUCUCUUUGUUCGUUUGUAUCCCUGUCCUUUCCUCUCUCGGUGUAGAUACACCUGUGCGUGUGUGAGGUUUGGGGGCUGAGUUUCCAGGGAAGAUCCAAGCAGCUUGGUACACGCGUUUGCCCUCAGUGACAGUUGACGGGGUUUCUCAGAGUCUUCGUCUUUGAAGGGGCAUUUCGAGCCUGUUCGCUCAGAGCAAAGCGUGCGAAGGUGGAGACGCUGAGGCGAUCCCCCGUUUUGCUUCAAUCUUUGAUGAUUUGGGGAAAAUGAAGGAACCAGAUCUGCAUCUUUGCGCAGCUGCGUCUGGCGGGCAUCCUUGCCGCAUUUGAAGCGUCAAGGAGCUCCAUGAAACUGCGUUUUUCCGUGCACGCAGCGACAUAGAGACCCGCAUAUAUAUAUAUAUAUAUAUAUAUAUAUAUAUGUAUAUAUAUAUAUAUAUAUGUAUAUAUAUAUAUAUGUAUAUAUGUAUAUAUAUAUAUAUAUAUAUGAGGGAUAGGAGCCGGCGACGUGGCAUUUUCCGUUGUAGCUCGGACUCCUGCUUGCAUGGACGAGGUCAAUUUGGGUGGAGUUCUGCUCCAGGUGUUUGAGACACUUAAGUGGAGCUGGGGACUGGUAUCAGGUGUCCAGUUCGCGAGCUGUUCGGAUCUCUCUCUUCCGGGCUUCUCUUGACACCCUGGGUGAAGCUCUGCCCCCAAAGUCACAGAAACUCGCCUUUUCAGCAGCCGUCCUUUUUGCCAUGGGAUGCCGUUUUUUACGUUUUCAAAGUAGGCCCACGGCGAGUGCUGAACCGAGAGAGAAGGGACGCAACUCACUUCACAGUCGAGCCCCCCAAAACAUAUCGAGAUGCUGAGUUCUCGGAAAGAACAUGCGCUCCCCUGAUGAUCGGGUGUACGUACACCUGAACUUGAAGUAGAAGGGGCACGGAAGGCUGGAGGGAGAGAAAAAGGUGACUCUCCGUUUCCUGAAACUCAAUCGUUUUUGAGAUCCGCAGUUCUGCUGCAACUGGCAUCCCCUUACGUUGCUUCGGUCACACGGCGAAGCCAAAAGGUGCUUCUUUCGACUUCCGAGGUGUCUAGACACCUCGCGACAAAGACACGCAGCUCUCUGGAACGCAAAAGGUCGGCUCGCAGGCCCACACGGGCGAUUUCAUUUUCGUUUUCUGGAGCGCGUUCCGCGAAGAAACUCAAGUGUUGUCCCUAGGAAGGAACUGAGCACCUUUUCCCCCAUCACGAGUUGUUCGGGUGCGUUUGCUAGCGCUCAACAUUCAGUUCGACAAGUGGCAACAGGAUGGGAAUGUAGGAUGAAGCUGUACUUACACACUUCUACCAGGGAACUGUUGCCUUCGAGAACGAGUAAACCAGGCAUCCAACUCUUAAAAGGGUACUCAGUUAGGAUGAGGUUUGAUAUGCUGACGCAGCCUGUCUGUUCUGAAUUCGGUACUCACAUCCAAGCGGAGGUUAAAUGACUACAGAAAACUUGACCGAUGUGGAGUCACCUCCACGCCGUUACCCUU